AUGGCUGCUAGUGUUCUUCACAUGGAACAUUGGCUGUUACCUAAAUCAGCAUUGAUCACUGAAGCUGGAGCUGCUGGGAAAAUUGUUUUUGAUGUGACGAAAUAUGGUGCCGUUGCCGAUGGUAUAACCGAUAACAGUAAGGUUUUUCAAAAGGUAUUCAACAAAGCUUGUCAAUCCGAAGGAUACAAUUCUGUCCUAAUCCCAGACGGAAAAUAUAUGCUGGGCCCAGUACAGUUUUCAGGCCCAUGUAAGGGCCCAAUGGCAUUUAUAAUUAAAGGUGCCCUAAUAUCUCAUACUGAUGUUGGAUCUUAUGGUAGCAGAUUGUACCAUUGGAUCACCUUCAAUAGCAUAGACCGGUUGGUAGUCGGCGGAGGUGGGUCGUUGGAUGGCCGAGGUCCCUCUGCUUGGGCCCACAAUACUUGCAGUAAAAGUAAAAGCUGCGUGCCUCUUCCCUCUUCAAUGGGAUUCAAUUACGUGAACAAUUCACGGGUAACUCACCUGACAUCAAUCAAUAGCAUGGGUGUCCAUAUGAACCUUUAUAGAUGCUCCGGCAUGAGAUUUGAUCACAUUCAUCUAAUAGCGCCAGAAGACAGCCCCAACACCGACGGAAUCCACAUUGGGGAAUCGACUCAUAUAGACAUAUCGACAGCGGUAAUAGCCACCGGAGAUGACUGCGUUUCCUUGAGCCCUGGUUGUUCAAGCAUAAAUGUUACAAAUGUUUGGUGUGGCCCCGGCCAUGGAAUCAGUGUCGGAAGCCUCGGUCGGACGGCUAAUGAAGAAGAUGUCAAUGGACUGACUGUGACUAACUGCACCUUCAUCGGCACCCAGAAUGGGUUGAGGGUCAAAACAUGGGCUAGCUCUUUUGCAAGCAAUGUCUUCGAUCUUACCUUUCAACAAAUUCAUAUGGAGGAUGUCUAUAAUCCCAUCAUCAUCGAUCAACAAUAUUGCCCAUAUGACAAUUGUCAAAAGGGUAACUCCCAAGUUCAGAUUCGGAAUGUAAAGUAUAUAAACAUUAAGGGAACUUCGAGGUCAAAGAUUGCAAUUGCUCUAGAAUGCAGCCGAAGUAAACCUUGUGAGAAGAUUGAGCUCAGUGACAUCGAACUCGUUUACUCCGGUACGGGAGGACCGGCAUCUUCCUCGUGCAAUAAUGCCAAUGGUGCUGCUUAUGGUCCACAAAAUCCACCCUCUUGCAUAUAG